CUUCUCCACAUCCAUCCUCUUCUCUUUUCCAUUUUGAUUUCGCUAUAAUCAGCCAGAGAAGUUUAGGGUUUAGGCAGCUGAGCAAAGGAGUGAUAGAGAUGUCAACAUUACAGUACCCUCUUCUACCCUACCAUUGCCUUCUUUCUGGACGAGGGUUACUAUUAAUGGGAAAAUACUUCCCAAAAGUUCGGCAACAUUUGGAUACACCAAUGAAUGCUAAGCGUAACCAUGAAAGGCUUGAUUAUAAGCCUCAGAAAACGGAACAGCUUUACCUGGGGAUAGACUUUGGUACGUCUGGUGCUCGAUAUGCUCUUAUAGAUAAAGAAGGGACAGUUCAUUCUGAAAGUAAACGGGCAUAUCCAAGAGUUGUGGGAGAACCAAUAGAAUGGGGAAGUUCCUGGAAGCAAACACUUUUCUUGCUACUCGAAGAUGUUCCUAUUGAUCUUCGUUCGUAUAUUGUUUCCAUAUCUAUAGAUGCUACUUCAGCAACAACGAUUAUAAUUGACAGCAAUACAGGGGAGUUACUCUGCAGACCCUAUCUUUAUAAUGAAAGCCUUCCAGAUGCUUUGCCAUUUGUUCGUUCUAUUGCUCCCAAAAACCACACUGUCUGCUCUGGGUCAUCUACACUAUGUAAGGUCGUGUCAUGGUGGAAUUCAUAUGGUUCAAACAAAUCCUCUGCCUUAUUGAUGCAUCAGUCUGACUGGUUACUGUGGCUUCUUCAUGGAAAGCUUGGCGUAACUGACUACAACAACGCUUUGAAGGUUGGAUAUGAUCUGGAGGCUGACUCCUAUCCUAAGUGGUUGCUCUCUCAACCAUUUUCAGUUCUAUUACCUUCUGUCAAAGCACCGGGAACACCAAUUGGUUGUUUAAAGGAGGACAUCAGAUUGCAAUUCGGUUUUUCCAAGAAUUGCAUUGUCUGCGCUGGAACAACUGAUAGUAUUGCAGCUUUUCUUGCAGCACGUGCUACCAAACCAGGGCAAGCUGUUACAUCACUGGGUUCAACCUUAGCCAUCAAGCUCUUAAGUACCUCCCGAGUUGAAGAUUCACGAUACGGUGUAUAUAGUCAUCGCUUUGAUGAUAAGUGGCUAGUAGGUGGUGCCUCGAAUACUGGAGGAUCUGUUCUUCAUCAAUUUUUCACAGAUAGGCAAUUGGAACUGCUAAGCAAGGAAAUUAACCCUUUGGUACCUUCUUCUUUGGACUACUAUCCUUUAGCAUCAAAGGGGGAACGGUUUCCUGUUGCAGACCUAGACAUGAUGCCCAGAUUGAACCCACGGCCUCAAAGUGAUGCAGAAUACUUGCACGGGCUUUUUGAAUCCAUUGCUAGGAUAGAGGUUAAGGGCUAUAGAUUGCUGAAGGAGCUUGGGGCCACACAAGUGGAGGAAGUGUUCACAGCAGGUGGAGGAGCAAAGAAUGAGCAGUGGAGAAAGAUUAGGGUGCGACUCCUGGACUUGCCGGUGCACUGUGCAUUGCAGACUGAAGCUUCAUAUGGUGCUGCACUCCUUGCAAUGAAGGGUGCUGGUCAGAGUAUCUGAACAUCCUGUGAAACUGUAAGCAUAUUGAUAUAAUUUUUAUUGGUAAUGAAAAGCAAUGACCUAACAUUUACUAAUGCUGAAUGAGUGUUUCUCACAUUAAAGGGUGUGUAUUAAAAGAAUCAAACUGAGAAAGAGCAGAAGGAAUGAUUAUUGGUCUAGAAUGAGGAUUUACAGGAUUUUUCUCUCUUUUAACUGUCUCUCUCAUUACAAAAAAAAAAAAAAAAAUUGAAGUGAGAGAAGAGCAGAAGGGAUGAUUAUUAAAUAUGCUCUCAAGAUGGGGAUGCCUUAUCGGUUCAUUUCAUAGACCGGAAAUUAACUCUUUAAUUGUUCAUAGAAAUUUAAAGAUACCCGAGUGCAAUUCGGUUCACAUUUGUUGACUUCUGAAGGGAACAAUGACCAUUUAGCUAUUUUUGUUUCGUUGAAGAUUUCUUGAAGUAAAGAAUGAUCCUUUAUCUAUUUAUGUAUGGUUGAAUGAUUUGUCGAAUGGCGUGAUAGCACCCACAUCAUUCAACGUU